UAUAGAUUAUGUCAAAAAGUAAACACUCAGUGUAUUCUAGUCGUAUUUCUUUUGUAAUUUCUUGGAAAUUAUAUUAUUUAGUGUCAUUCAAUGUAAAAUUUGUACCAUGCUGAUAAAUAUUGACUGUUGAGCAUACAUGACUUAUGUAAAUAUACGUGUGUGUUUAAUUUUUUAUAGUUAAUAAUUUUACAAUAUUUAUUCAAUCGCUCAUUACUUGUCAUUGUAUUUUAUAUACUGCCAGCUAAUGUUUAUUAAAUGAUUUAGAAAAAAAAGAAAGAUAACUUUUAUGAGACUCUAAGGAAACGAUCUUUAUCAAUAAUUACUUUAUUCUAAGUGAAUUAUGUACUUAUUAAAAAGGUUCUAAAUAAUACUCUAUUUGAGAGAAAAUAGACUGAUCAAUCCAAAUUAAAUAUUAACCAACUUUAAUUAUGUCAAAUAAAUCAUUAAGCUUAAUUGCCGAUGAUUAUUUUUAUAAUUUAAAUUCUCUAACCAAGAGAAUAAGUGAAGAUAUAAAAGCUACGAAAGAUGCUUAUGAAGGACUGUGGGGUUCUUUAAGUUUGACUGAAAAAAAUCAAGCUAUUAAUGAAACAAUAAUUCAACCCGAGGUAGCAUUAAAAUAUUCACUUUCCAAUGUUGACGAGUCUAUCAACAUUUUAUCGAAUUUUUAUCCCAAAAUGAGAGAUCAGACUGGAAUGAAAUACAUUAUUGAUGAGACGGGACAUAUAUUAAAAUGGAGAGAUGAACACUCAAGUCCAUUUUCUUUUAUGACUAAAUCACAGAUAAAUCUUCACAAUGAUGAAUAUGCCGACAAUUCCAAUUCUCAGAUGAUUAAUAAUUAUGAAGGAAAUUCAUUACAUUUUAUGAGUCCAAUAAAAAUAAAUGAGAAUUGUAGUUUUGAAUGUUCUUUGAAUGAAUAUAGUCCUACUUCAACUCAAGUGAGUUUUUAUCAGUCAGAAAGUUUCACUGAUAGUGUCUGUAGUAAUGUUGAUUCAAAUCGAGUGAUGAAUAGUACAACAAAUAAUGACAAUGCUGGAAAUAUUUUUACAAAGUUUAUGUACAAAACUUCUUUAUUGAAAAUGACUAAUAAUUCUGAUGAUGACAUUCAGAGUUUAGUCCCUCAAAAAAAUAUCUCGAUCAAACAUGAGAAUAAAAGUAAUACUGAUAAUCGAAAAAAUCACAUUAACAUUAUUAAUUCAAUUACAUUGAAUCCAAAAUCAGAUGAACGUCAAGAGUCAACAGCAUUAAUAGAAACUCCUAGUUCAUAUGAUAGUUUUCAAUUUUCCAAGAGUAACCAAGAAGAUACAAUACCAAAAACUGGAUUUGAGUUCUUAGAUAAUUGGUAAUAAGUUGAAUAAAAAAUUUUCCAAGAUACAUUAUUUAACAAUUGUAUCAGUGGAAUUUAUUCAUUAAUUAAAAUUAUGAAAAUUUAUUACUACGAAUUGAUAUAAAAAUACUUUUAAAGUAAAUAAGUUUUAAAUCAUAAAAUCGUACAAGAGUAUUGUAAUGUGUAUUUACUAUGAUAAAUUAUUACAAAUGGCCAGUAAUAUCUAAUUUAAUUUUAUCAACAUAAAACUAAUGUGUUUUGGCGUUUCUGUGGACAUUAAGAGUAUUUAAACAGAUGAGCUUUUAUAAAAGUUAAUUAUUUCGUCAUAAUUAUAUA